AGGCCAUCGUUGAUAAAGCGUGUGUAUCUUUAAUGCACAAACAACCUCAAAGUACAAAGAAUGAUGUUCCUGAACAUAGUAAUGAGAUCUGUAAGAAAAAAGAUUCGUCGAAAACCUCAAGUGGAAAAUCGGCCAAAGAUUCCCUCCUAAGUAAACUGCCAGAUCUAGAUAGUAUAUUUCACAUUCACGAGAAAAUAGGAGAAGGGACUUUCAGUAACGUGUACCUGGCGUCCCUGAAAUGCGUAACUAGUAACCGCCAGUUCGCAAUAAAACACCUCAUCCCCACCAGCCACCCGAAGAGAAUGCAGUAUGAGUUGGAUUGCCUCAAUCGGAUUGGGGGCAAGGACAAUGUUGUGUCAUGUGACAUGACAAUGAGACAGGCCGACUGUGUGGUGUUCGUCAUGCCUUACCUGAAACACCAAAAAUUUGCAGACUAUGUGCUAGAAAUGACAGUGAAAGAGACAAAACUCUACAUGAGAAACCUGCUCUUAGCCUUGAGAAGAGUGCAUUCAUUUAACAUCAUUCACAGAGAUAUUAAACCAAGCAACUUUCUAUACAAUCGGCAUACCAAGCAAUUCCUAUUGGUUGACUUUGGCUUGGCACAAAAGGUCAAUGAGAAUGAAAACUCUCUGCGUAAUCCGAUUAUGAAAAGGAAAAGAGAAGAUGACGACCUGGAAAAUGCAGAGAACCCCAGGGUAAAGCGGUGCGCUCUGGAUCAGGUGGGCGGGAAUAAACAGGAUCUGAGUGGAUUUGCCAAGCAACCUCAGCACUCCAACGUUCUCUCCACAAAUACCAUCAAGAGACCUCUGACAACCAACUCCUCAAAUGUGAUAAAUAACACUGCCGAGAAAGUGUACGGCAAGAAGCAAUCCUUCCAGAACUUGAUGCCGCAGAAAGUAAAGUCCACCAAUGCUCAAACCAGUUUUGUGCGUGUCCAGAACUCUCAGGUACAGCUCAGCACGACGUUUCCGCGGCCGAAGGUGCCGGUGCUUUCCUCGCGUCAGGACAGGUGCCAGUGUACGGGCAAGGCGCAGAUCUGCAACAUCUGUCUGACUCGCAAGGCGCAGUUCGCUCCGAGAGCAGGCACUCCAGGCUUCCGUCCUCCAGAAGUCCUGCUCAAGUACCCACUGCAAACCACAGCGGUGGACAUGUGGUCUGCAGGUGUGAUCAUGCUGUGUAUCCUGAGCGGCUGUUAUCCGUUCUUCCGUUCACCUGACGACAUCUCUGCCUUGUGUGAGAUCAUCACUGUCUUCGGGAAGACAGCCAUAACCACUCUAGCGAAAAAGAUUGGUCGAAAUGUGGUCUGCAGUGAGAAGCGGAAGCCACUGAACUUGCGAAUCUUGUGCGAGAGCCUGAGACAACGCAAGACUAGCGGCAAACUACCCAAGGCUGACCAACCGUUGUGUCAGGACUGCCACCACUCCAACACCCUCGAGCACGGCUGCCUGUGUGAGGACAAGUGUAGGCUCGACCUGUCCUCCAGCUACUUCCCUCGCUCUGCGUUCGACCUGCUCGCCAGACUCCUGGACGUCGACCCUGACACUCGGAUAUCGGCCGAGGACGCAUUGCAACAUCCCUUCAUUACAGAGACCUGACCCUUCACUUCUAGUCUAGGUGUAUUUAAAUGUUUUAUUGUUAAGUGUGCCUUAUUUUAUACGUAAAACUACCAUUAUAUGUAAUGUAUGGUUUGAUAUUAAAAUUUUCUUA